AUGUUUUCAAUUUUUUUCGGGUUUUUAUGCGUUUGUGUACCGGGCUCGGGUCAACAACCGAGCAUCCAGGCGGACGAUGGGAAGCGCUACAUUUGCCGGGCAGUGCCCCUCAGCGGCGAUGCCAGUUGCCCCGUGACGCUAUUACCGGAGCUUACCGUCGGGAGUCAAGAAGAGGAGCUCAGAAACACCGUCAUGCAGCUGCGAGAGACGAUUUUACUGCAGAAAGAAACGAUUUCCAAACAGGUUGGCACAAUCAACGAGUUAACCACCAAGUUGUCCCUCUGCGCAUCAACCACCGACGACAGAAAGUACGACAAGGGGGGCUCCUGGGGCAAAGAAAAGCAAAACACGAUGGGGGAUGUACCCAGAGACCCCAGUGGGUCUAUUAACGGUCUCGGGAAAACCAUGCAAGGGCUCAAGGACCGGCUGGAGAACCUGGAGCAACAGCAGAGUCGCGCCAACAUAUCCGGCGCCCCCUUCCCCACUGAGCUGCGCGACCUGCUGCAGCGUCGCCUCCAGGAGCUGGAGAAGCAGCUCCUGAGGAAAGUCAGCAACCUGGAGGAGGAGAAGAGCAUGUUGUCCAACGCCACGGCCGCCUACAGGCUGAAGACCGAGAGCACUCUGAACGCCCUGGUGGAGCGGAUCAGUGAGCUGGAGAAAGGGGGAGGAGAUUUCUUGUCCCCCGAGCAGUUUAAGGUGUCCCUCCCCCAGCGGACCAACUACCUGUACGGCCGCAUCACCAAGAGCCUACCGGAGAUGUACGCCUUCACCCUCUGCAUGUGGAUCAAGUCCAGCGCCCUGCCCGGCAUAGGGACACCCUUCUCGUACGGGGUGCCGGGCCAAGCCAAUGAGAUUGUGCUGAUCGAGUGGGGCAAUAACCCAAUAGAGCUUCUCAUCAACGACAAGGUUGCCCAACUGCCUUUGGAGGUGCGAGACGGAAGGUGGCACCACAUCUGCAUCUGCUGGACAACACGAGACGGCCAAUGGGAGGCUUACCAGAAUGGAGAGAAGCUGGGAAACGGUGACAACCUGGCUGCCUGGCACCCGAUCAAACCAGGGGGAGUCAUCAUCCUGGGGCAGGAGCAGGACGUGGUGGGCGGGCGCUUCGACGCCGGACAGGCCUUCGUGGGCGAGCUGAGUCAGGUGAACAUUUGGGACCGCGUGCUCAAGCCCGUGGAGAUCCAGUCGAUGGCCAACUGCAGUUCUUACAUCCCGGGGAACGUGGUCUCCUGGCUGGCAAGCAACGUGGAGGUUUUCGGGAGGGGGGCAUUCAAAAGGCCUCUGGAGGUGUGUCAGGACCGGCUGCCCAACGCUUGA